GCUCGGCUCGCUUGACGGGCCGGUCCCGCCGACCCGCACCGCCACAACAGCCGGCGGACGGUUUCCGACCCAGGCACAGCGAACAUGGUGGCGGCGACAGGAGCGGAGCUCGCCCGGGGAAGACGGGAAACCGGCCGCACAGCCCCCGCCGCGGGUCUGCGUCUCGCUUAGCCCCCGCGGAGAGACCCGGUGUGGGGGAGGGGGCGGGGGCGGGGGGCGGAAGAGGACGCGCCGCAGCCGGAGCACAGUGUUGUGUUUGUUGGACGCGCGCGCGCCAGCGAGGACUGGAGCUCUCCAGGCCCGAGGGCUGACGCAGAGGGACACGCUCGUGUUUUGUGGGGGCUUGUUUGUGAAGGUGACUUCACCGAAGGGGGCUUUCUUGGUUUUGCCCUGGGGAUUGUUUUUUCUUCUACUUCUUCGCUCUGGGGGAACGCGAGGGCAGGAAAUCCAGCCUCGGCUCCAAAUAACCAGAGACUCCUGACUGGGUCUGCUCUGCGAACGCAGGAAAUACGGCCUGGGAAAAAAAAAAAAAAAAAAAGGAAAGAAGAAAAAAAAAAAAAAAAGGAAAAAAAAGUUUGGGAGCUGCUGGAGACGAGAGGGGCCUCCGCCGCGGACGCUGCGCACGCGCUUCGCGACUGGAUCUCGAAGUGUUAACGCGUUCGUUUGUCCCGCUGCGCUCCUGCUAUUCCCCAUAAUAAGUUUGGGGGGGAGGAGGGGGGGGGGCGCCGCGUUCAAACGCGUCCGCGCCGUCGGUGUUGUUAUUGCGAGGGUUCUUUUUUCUUGUUGAUCAUCACUAUUUAUAGACCAGCCUGUUCCGACCGAGGCUGUUCCUCAUAGCUGCAGUCUGUGUUCUGCCAACUGCGCGCAACAAGUUGCAGACACUCCCAGCGGAGGAGAAGCUACACGCUACCUCGGGCCAGCGGAGGGUCUUCUCUGCGCUUCUCCUUGCGGAUCACGCGUCUCUGAGCGGCGCACGCCCCUCGCCGACCCCGUCGUCGGAAGGCGGAGGGUGCGGGUGGGGGGGACGGGGGGGAACGGACGGUGGAGACCCGGAGAGGGAGUUCAGGAAAGGACGGGGCUGGAUCCGUGGGAACAGGCCUGCCCGCCAGGCCCGCCUGCGAUCGGACUCUUGGAGCGGACAGGGGCUCCGGCAACAACUCGGUCCGGAAUCCCUCGCAACACUUGGAUCAAAGAUGGAAGAGGAGUGCAUGAGAAGAAGGGGGGACGCGAACCCUUAGCACGCCCGGGCAACGCACGCGAGGGGAUGUAGCGGAAGGUAAAGUCGCCUGAAUGUGAAAUCACUUUUAAUGCACAGAAUUAACAGCUUACCCACGUUUUAAGUUGGCUUCAUGUGUCAUGUCAAAUCCCUCCCAGCAUAGCUGUACAGCCAAUGCAUAAUGAGAAUGCUUAUUUUCAUGAGAGGACAGAAAAAUGACUCCUCUUUUUUUUGGUUCUUGUAGUUUUGAUGCUUUCAAAUGACAGAAUCCUUAAAUGUCCACAUAUUUUCACGAUAGCGCUGCUGGCUGCUCAUAGUUACAACGCUGUGGGCCUUUUGUGAAGAAGGGAAAGGAGGAGUAAGACGACUGUUGAGCGCACGGUGUGGAGGUGAGACAGACAGAGGAACUAGUUGCCACUUGCUGUGCACAACGCCAACUGUUGACAGCCUGCAUCUGUGACCGCUCACACGAUGAAGCCCUGGACCUGAACAACGUUGAAACGUGAUUUCUUUUAUCGGGAUGAAGACAAAGUCCGUGCAGUUCCCCUGAAGCCUGUCUGACUGUGCGAUGCCAGCAGCGCCGACAGAUAUUGCGCACAUCCAGAGGAGGUCGUUUCCAGUCAUGUAACGUCAGGGGCGACUUGACGGAGGCACGAAACCCCCCGUUGCAUCACCGACCGGUCCUUUUCCGAGAAGGAUGUUACGCUCGGGAGGCAGAAAGAGUGAUGACAGAGUUUUUUUUUUCUCUCUCCCUCUCUCCCCUUGUACCGCAGCUGGAGAGAAAGCCGGGCUCCAACCCAGAGCCUCUUCGGAGCAGGAUGCAUGUGAUGUGAGUACUGACGCAAACCCCGGGGUCGGAUAAUGAACUGCUCAAGAAACUGGAACGGCGCGUCUUGUGUGACUGAGCGUGCACGCGGCUGCGUGCGUGGCAGAGACGUGUGCGCGGCGCGCACCGUCCAUGCAGAGUGAUUAUUCCGACGAACACCUUUGCCUCUCUCGCUCUCCCCACGUCCCUGUCUGUCUGCCUGUCACUCUCCCCGCCGCCGCCUUCAUCCUCCUCCUCCUCCUCCUCCUCGCCGCGCCACACGCGGCGCCCGCGCACCGCUCCACAGUCGCCUGAGCGCCUGUAGAUAUCAUUAAUAUCCAACAGCCCCUCGUCUCGCCGUCACAACAGUCACAACAUGGCCACUCUGCAGCAACACCGGCAGCUCCUCGUGCGCGGCACCGAGGUCAGCUGCGACUCCAGCGGCGAUGGCGCCAUGACGGUGCGAAUUGCCAACAGCGCGCCACACGUGCGUCAACAUGAGCCACAGAGGGCAGCCAUCAGUGGAGCAGCGGCAGGAGGAGGAGGAGGGGGCUGCAGGGCUGCGAGCAAAAUGAACCCUGACCUCCACAAAUACAGCAUCUCCUCCAGCUGCAGCUCAGCAGAGUCCAGACCCGCCGCCACCUCCGCCUUGAGGGUGCAGAGGAAGGCGCCGCCGUUGUUCGAACGCUCUGCUGCCCAGUGCUGGGACCCCAAGUUCGACUCCCCCAUCCUGGAGGAGGCAUGCCAAGAGAGAUGCUUUCCCCAGACACAGCGGCGCUUUCGCUAUGUCCUGUUCUACCUUGCAGUGGCGGCUGUACUCUGGGGGGUGUACUUUGGGGUCAAUAAUGGCCGCUGCAGCCCCAUGACCUUCCUAGCUCCCACGGUCGCGUUUUUUGUCCUUCUAGUGCUCCUCUUUUUGUUCACCUUCACCCAGCCCUACACGUGGCUCUACAACCAAACCUCCUUGCUCCUGAUAGCGGUCACCUUCGCCAUCACCUUAGCUCCACAGAUACAGACUGCUGGUUACACUGAGCUCGCAUGGGCUGGUGGAAGGAACGCCUCAUAUCGCUCACUGGACGAACUAGCACAAACCACGACCCACUGUAUCUCCCCUGUAGGCACCUUUUCCCUGUGCAUGGAGGUUCUGCUGUUGUUAUACAGUGUCCUCCACGUCCGUCUGUAUGCCUCUGUGAUGCUCGGGCUCCUCUACUCUAUAUUAUUUGAGGCAUUAGGAUGGCUUCCAUUGCUUCAAAGGAGUUCCGAUACUACCAGAUUGGCAACAGGGAUAGAGGUAUCACGUUCUGAUUGGGAGGGAGACACACUCCGCUGGCUCGGCCCGGCCAAAGCUCUCCUUCACCUGUGUGCCCAUGUCAUUGGCAUCCACCUGUUUAUCAUGUCAGAGGUUCGUUCGCGCAGCACCUUCCUCAAAGUGGGCCAGUCUAUCAUGCAUGGCAAAGACUUAGAAGUGGAGAAGGCCUUGAAGGAACGCAUGAUUCACUCAGUCAUGCCACGGCGAGUUGCAGACGAGCUGAUGAAGCAGGGUGAUGAUGAGGGCGGCGGCGAGAACUCUGGCAAGCGUUAUUCCUCUGGUGCCUGUUCGGCCUCGGCCAUCUCCGUGGGCGGUGGAGGAAGCUGUGGAGUUUCACAAGUCCAAAGUUCCACAGGCCCCAAAAAUCAUCCUCACAACAAUCACAAACGCAAGAAGACCUCCAUUCCCCGAGGACAGAUCAUAUUUAGGCCCUUCAACAUGAAACGCAUGGAGCCCGUCAGCAUCCUCUUUGCAGACAUUGUGGGUUUCACCAGGAUGUCUGCCAAUAAGUCAGCACCAGCCUUGGUGGGCCUUCUCAAUGACCUGUUUGGACGUUUUGACCGGCUUUGUGAACUAACGUGCUGUGAGAAGAUCAGCACCCUGGGAGACUGCUACUACUGCGUAGCAGGGUGCCCUGAGCCCAGGCCGGACCACGCGUACUGCUGUGUAGAGAUGGGCCUGGGCAUGAUCCAGGCCAUCGAACAGUUCUGCCAGGAAACAUGUGAGACUGUCAGCAUGCGCGUUGGGGUCCAUACGGGCACGGUCCUCUGUGGGAUCCUUGGGAUAAAGCGCUUCAAGUUCGAUGUAUGGUCAAAUGAUGUCAAUCUGGCGAACCUGAUGGAGCAGCUGGGUGUGGCAGGCAAGGUCCACCUGUCACAGGCCACUGCCCGGUUCCUGGAUGACCGUUACCAGAGGGAGGAUGGGCGGGUGGCAGAGAGAGCCGGGCAGACAGUGAUGGAGAAACUAAAGGGGCUGCAGACCUACCUGAUCUCAGGGGGAAAGUCGGAGCAUGAUGUGCAGUGCGGCUGUUCUCAGGUGGGACUGCCCGGUGGGGAUUGUGUAGGGGUCGGCCGGUCCUCCUGUCCUCAGCCCCACACACCAGACCUCAUCCCUGGAGGAGCGCAGGUGGCAGAGCCCCUUCUGUCUCACCAGCCACCAGACAGGAUCGGGCCUCCCCGUGUGUCCCGUAGUGUGGCCGGGUCUCCGGGAACAGAGCAGGGUGAUGAUGUGGCCGUGUUGAACGGUUGCCAGGAGGAGCACAAGACUAGUAGUGCCAAGUUCAUCCCAGGUCACGGCCCCAGGGCGGCCAAUGGUCUCCUGACUCCCCCUCUGGAAGACCCAGUGCGGGCCAGCCAGAGCUCCCUGUGUGACAUGCUUCAGGAGAAAGAGAAGAAGACUAGCACCAGCACAGGGACUGGCACCAGUCUAGGCAUGGCUGGUGGAACGGGGACGGCGGGUCCAGGUAUGGACCACUCCGCCCUGAUCCAGCUGCGUGCCAAGAACUUCAGAGAAAAGAGCGACGCCCACUUCGUGGAUGUUAUCAGGGAGGACAGUCUGAUGAAGGAUUACUUUUUCAAACCACCCAUCAACAAGAUCAGCCUCAAUUUCCUAGAGAGACCUCUGGAAACGGCCUAUCGCAGCAGUUACAAGGAGGAGGUGAAAAACGAGGUUCAGGUGCAGACAUUUGCGAGCUCCACCUUCAGCUCCUUCCUGGAUGUUCUCCUCAGCUGUUUUUUCUUCCUGGCCCUGACCCUGGCCUGCUUCCUUCCACCUCUCGUGAGCCCAGCCACCGUGGGGCCCCCAGCUCCAGCUGCCUUGGCCCUGGCUCCGCUGGCCGGUCUGUUGGAGCUGGCCUCUCUGGUGCUGUCCAUACGUAUGGCCUUCUAUUUGGAGGAGGUGAUGAACUGCACUCGCUCCCUGCUCCUGGUGGUCUCUGGAUGGGUUCCCCGCCAUGUGAUUGGGGCAGUGUUGGUGUCCCUCCCUGCCAUCUCCGUCUUAUCCCACCUCACCUGCAGCAUCCACCUCCCCCUCCAGGUGACCAUGUUCCUGUGCUGUGCCACCAUCCUGGCCAUCAUCCAGUACUGUAACUUCUGUCAGCUCAGUUUCUGGAUGCGCUCAGUCCUGGCCACUGCCACAGGGGUUGCUCUGCUGCUGCUGCUGUACAGCCCCUUACACAGCUCUGGUAAUAACAGCUUGCCCGUUCAUGGACUGAACAUCUCCACAUCAAGUGACGGUGGCUCAGAAUCAGGCCCUGACCCUCCCCCACGACCUCUUGACCUUUUGGUCCCAGAGGCUGUCCUGGCCUUCUUCCUGCUUCUUCUGCUCGUCUGGUUCCUCAACCGUGAGUUUGAGGUCAGCUACCGUCUCCAUUACCAUGGCAACGUGGAGGCUGACAAACAUCGCUUCAAGAUCCAGACGAUGCGAGACCAGGCUGAGUGGUUACUGGGCAACAUCAUCCCCAUCCAUGUCGCUGACCAGCUCAAGGUGACCCAGAGCUACUCCAAGAACCACGACAGUGUGGGUGUGAUCUUUGCCAGUAUUGUAAACUUCAGUGAGUUCUAUGAAGAGAGCUACGAGGGCGGAAAAGAGUGCUACCGUGUACUCAACGAGCUGAUCGGAGACUUUGACGAGCUCCUUCGCAAACCUGAGUUCAAAAGCGUGGAGAAGAUCAAGACGAUCGGUGCCACCUACAUGGCGGCGUCGGGACUGAAUGUCGAGCAGCUGGCUGAGAAUGACGAUGACUCGCCGAAUGCUCACCUGAGGGCCCUUUUCAACUUUGCCCUGGAGAUGAUGGGUGUCCUGGAUGACUUCAACAAGAACAUGCUGGGUUUCGGUUUCAAGCUCCGUAUUGGAUUUAACCAUGGGUCGCUCACGGCGGGGGUGAUCGGCACCACUAAGCUGCUCUAUGACAUCUGGGGAGACACGGUCAACAUUGCCAGCCGCAUGGACUCCACGGGUGUGGAGUGCCGGGUGCAGGUGAGCGAGGAGAGCCACACUAUGCUCGGCGCCAUGGGUUUAGAGUUUGACUAUAGAGGCACCGUGAAUGUUAAGGGCAAAGGUCAAAUGAGGACCUUCCUGUACCCCAAAAGUGGGGAAAGUAUAUGUCAAGAUCGCACGGAGCAGGUCAUCGGAGACGGACACUUGUCCGUGGCAUUAGCGGCCGAUAAGACUUCAAGAUCUGUUGCCCAGGCAGCAGCUCUUCCUCCCUCUUCUUCUACCCCUCCUAGCUUCCCUCCGCAGGCCCAAAUCGCUGUAACGCCUUCGGGAGCCGGGCCUGAUCCUGUCCCAGCUAGGUCCACAGAGAUGAGGGAGGAAGGAUACAGGGACGCUGCACUCCUCCGCGGGCAGUGCUCUGCCACAGACAUUCACACCCCUCCUUGCUCUGAACUAGGCCCAGGACCUAGUGCUGCACAAGUGCCCUCCCAGCUGCAGCCUGCUCCUCUCGCACUUCAAGAGGAGGAAGAUGAAGAGGAGGAGGGGGCCAAUGAGCUGACGAAACUCAAUGAGGAGUUUUAUGCUCGUCUCUGAUCACUUCCUCUCUCCUCCCCUGUCACCUAUCUGCCCCAGCCGCUGCCUCCCCAGAAUGGAAUGCAGGUGUGGGCAGGAUGCUCCUCCCAUUAGACAAGUGUCCUCAGCAUGGCUGAAGAAGAGGGAGUUUAUCAUGCCAGGGCAACAGUGGCUACAUUUGCGAUUAAAAUAGCUACCAACAUCUUUCAUGGGAAUGUUGUCUGAGUGCCGGGGUGGGUUAGGCCUGUGUUGAGCACAGCAGUUUAUCAAAGAGAAAAGGCCGGAAGGCAGUGAGAGGUAAAGGAGGAUUUGUCGGUGUUGUUGUAUUAUGUUUUUGUUAUUAAGUGCCUUCAGGACUAGAACAGUGAACGAACAAAUAUGAACGCUGAACAAAGUUUUCACAAUCUUAGACUUCGGAACAUGCUGUGGUUUCUUACUCCAUGCUCUUAUUUCCAAUGCAAGUAUUUCUAUAAAAAAAAAAAAAAUCAUUAUUGUUGUGCCAUAUCAUUUGUAUCAAAGCCUUGACCUUACUUAAGGGAAAAUAAGUUAAGAUUCUAUAUAAGUGCCAGUGCAGCAUGAUGGGCUGAGCAGGGAACUAAGGGAAGAAUGAGGGACUCACACAAAGCAGUAUUAAUUUAUAUAUUCUGCUUUGACAUGAGGGCUUAAUACAUUAUUCAUUUGUGCUAGAGUCUAAUGCUACAAAGCAGGCUGCAUAGAUUUUAGUUUGUGAAGCAGCUAAAUGCACAUUUUAAGCACAGGUCUUGCACAGUGUUUUUUCGACCACUUGUAUUUGGUAAUUAUUACCGUGAGAAGGCUUUGAAGAUUUUUUUUUUUAAACAGAUUUCUUGUCUUUCGUACAAUCAAAAGCACAAAAUCACAUCAGAUAAGGGAAUAAAGAUUUGGAAGAAGAGGUGGUUUGUAGAAAGUUAGAUCACAAAAGCAAGAAGGCACUUUAAAUACACUUCAAGUGAUACUCAACAUUUGAGUAAGAAACUCUCACCCCACGUAGACCUAAAAUGGUUGGUCCGAAAAAAACAAACCCUCCUAUGACGAUUAUGAUCAACAUAAUUCGAUAGAAACUCCUCAAACCAAUCCUGCACUAUAAUCCACUAUUCUGCUGUCGUUCUUGUAUUUCGAACAAAGUAUUGGCUAAAUACUCUACUCCCAUGAGUUAUUGGAACCUGUACUCACAGGCUAGAUUGGAAGCUGUUAUGGUGCAUGAAAAAAAGGAAACUAAAGAAAAUAACCAACAGUGUGUAAUUGCAUCUCCCAAUACUUUUUUGGCUUUCCUACCCUGUCUAUGGCUCUCGGUCCAAGAAUUUGUGUUUCGGGGGUGAUGACAGGGACGACAUACAUGAACUGGUUCAUGGUCAGCGGCACCUUAACUCUGAGGCCAUCAAUAUUGUUAUUUGUGAGGGACUAUUUUCAGUGGUGGGUUUGCUGUGGUAGUGCGUAUUUAUGGCAGCAGAAAAGUGCAUAUGGGAUUAAUAUAAAAUAAACGACAGACCCCUUGUUUGUUCUACAAGGGAGCAUGUCACCCAGCCCUAACCGUGGACAACAGUGAACCUCUGUUGCACUGACAAAUACGACUUAUUAGGCAAUAUACACAUACAAUGCUUAUUAUUAGAUUUGAUUCAUUUCUAGUUUUAGGUCUUUUUUACAAGGGAUGAAAAUAGAGAAUGUGACCAUAUUAAUCCAUGAUUUAAACCUACAGUGGGGUGAGAGUUUGAUACCCAAAAGACUUUGGGUGGAGAAGCACUUGAAGCAGGGACUGUGAGGGACAAUCACUGUGUAGUUCUUGAUAAAUGUUGGGUUGGUCCACGUUGCUUUCGGUAAAAGUAUCAAAGCAUAGAUCAACUUCAGUUUCUGUAAAACCUCAGACUCACACUUUAGUGACGUUGCCUUCGUUGCUGAAUAAAAGACAAAUAUCGGUCAGUCCAUUACUAUAGAUUUAUUCAAAAGCUGCCUGAUUUGUUGUUGACAGGGUGGGACUUUUAACUUUGAUCCUGUCACGGCCCCUUCACUGAGGGGAACCUUUACUGUAACAAUAAACUUAAAUUGUGCCACUUUAAUUGAGUGAUCUAUAGGUGCAGUGCAACCUAAACUAGCUGAUUGUUUUGUGGUGCCUGAAACUAUGACUGUAUUUUCUUUUAGCACUUUGGUUUCCAGAAUUUUUUUUUAUUAUCAUGCUGUUGUCAUAAUGAGGAUAGAUUAUGUAUGAUUGUAUGUUUGAUGAAAUUUUGCUCGUUGUGCAGGUUUUGCUGCAUAUUUUGGAACAAAUUUCAUCUAUUCUUUUCCUGUUCUUUCUUUCUGUCAAAAACCGGCCACCUAGAAUGAUGUGGUGGUGUUCCCAUCAAUGCCUGGCACCUCUGCAGUUCCCGUAGCUUUUUAUUUUCUUCAUGCUUUGUCUCAUGCUUUACACCUGAAAACACUUGUUUCCCCCUUGUACUUUGCGCAUGUGUAUGUGUGUGAGAAAGAUAUUUCAGCUUUACAGUACGGUGUCUGUAGAGGAAUUACAUGACUGAAUUCUUUGACAAACCCUGGAGUUUGAAAUUUCUAUAAUGAUGAGUGCCUUUUAAAAUAGGAAUAUGUGACCUGUGAUUAUUUCUAUCAAAUAAUUAUUUUAAACCCCAGUAACAUAGAUACCGUGAAAAUCCAAAUAAGUUUCUCUUGGAGUUUCCCCCAGAAUAACAUAUUACAAAAAUAGCUACGUGAGAUCUGCUUUUUGGCCGAAAUCUUGUUCCCUGCUUUCAGAAUAUUUUCUAACAAGCACACAAAGUUAUGGAAACAAAUGAGAAUAUCAGGUAUCAAUUUUGAAUGAAAAUUCUUAACCCCCCCCCCUCACAUUUUCCAGAUUAACCUCCUGCCUCACGUCAUAAAAUGACCCAUCAUGAUUUUCAGGCCAUUGCACAUGUAGCGAUCCAUAUCUGAAACUAUCCAUAGUAGAUUUGAGGUGUGGGACUCCACAGGUUGAUGUGCAAACCACCUCUCCAAUAGCGCACAUCUGUACACACGCAUUAAUAAAAUGUUAAAGUGAACACUGCUGGCUCUGUGAUCUGUGGUGCAUUUGGGGAGAAGAGUGGGAUCUUGUUUGUAUGGGAAUGAAUGAAGAUUUUUCUCGCCUUUGCUUGACACGCUACAUUUUAGGUUGAUUCUGCACCAUACUGUCAUCCCUUAAUUUCAUUUCGCUGUCACUCUGUCUUCACUUAUGUUUAAUAUUAAGCAUGUAUAGCCAACACACAGGAUUCCUCAAAUCACUCAUUUAAAGGUGUUUGGAAGCCGUCGCUCUCUGACGGGCUAUCUAUCGACUGACGUGUGUGUAUGACAAGGUUUAUUUUACUUUUGGCAGAGGGAAAGAAUUGCCCCUGGAUGUCCAGUGUUCCAAUGAAAAAAAUGCAAUUGAAAAAAUAAAUAAAUUAAAACGACUUGCAUUGCAGAGAAGUUUGGGGCAUUCUGCUCUGUGAGAGGAAAAUAAAGCAGAGGCAAAAAAAGAAUACAGCAGUGUUUGAUCAGCACUUGUUAAGGCAUCACAGCAAAAUAGCUUGCCUAAUCACUCAUUUAAACGGUGACGGCUCCACCUCUUCUCAUUGUAAAUGUUUUAGUAAAUCCAACCCAUAUGUGUUUUUAAUUACACUGGGACAAAAGUUAGAGGAGAGUUGCUCGAUUUCAAACCUUUGUGUAUCUGCUCUAUGUUCAUGAAUGAGAUGUAUUAUGUAUGUUUUGUGCACAUUACCCAUGUAUCAUUUAUCAACACUCAAUCGUAAUCUGUACACAUUUGCACGAAGCACACAAGUGUUUGUACAUAUGCAGUUAUUUUGUCACAUAUGAUUUUUUUAUACAUGUGCAUGUGUCAGAAUUUGCCAGAAAACAAUGAAAAGAGACACAUAUUAUCAAACCGAUUCAAUGUGUGUAUUUUUGAGUAUGUGUGAGUGUUAUGAUUUCAUUACUCUUUUUCUUCAGAAUGAGAGAAAUAAAUCAAAGAAGAGUA